GCGUUGGAUCAUAUACACUCUAUUCGAUCCUGUACGGCUGUACACUCCUUGCCCUAUGUAUUUUAUAUGUAUUUGUCGUUCGUGAUCAAUCGCAACCAUCUAAAAAAAAAUUCCCUCGCGUGCGCUCCUCCAUCACAUCCUCUUGCGUCGCAUGAUCCGGCGGGAGCGCUCUUGGUGAUGCCGCCGGCGAUCGCUUUGGCGUCGGCGUCGGCGUCGGCGAAAGCGCGAAGGGUACGGCGCGGCGCCCGGACCGCGUGCUGGCGGCGCGCCGGCGGCGAGCUGCCGUGCUGCUCCUCGCUCUAGCGUACACGGCGGCUAUGCUCGUGCUCCUCCUGGGCGCUGACGGCACGGGCCUGGGCGCAGGUGGUGGACGCGUGGUGGUAGGCGCGCCGCGUCCGCGGGCGCGGGCGCCAGCGCCGCCCGGAUCGGUGUACCGCAGCCACCUCGUGUUCGAGCGGCUCCUGCCGGAAAUGCGCGCCCUCGCCUCUUGUCCUAGCCCGGCCUAUAAUAUGUUCUGCAACUUGGGAGAUGCUUGGCAUUGGAGCUCUUUAAAGUUAAUGGCACCCCAUUAUAAAAAGUCUGGAAAGAGAUGGGUACCUUGCAUCAGAAAGAGAUUGACACAAUCAGCGUUACCACCUUCAAAUGGUUUUCUCGUAAUUGAAGCAAAUGGUGGUCUGAAUCAGCAACGCAUUUCUAUUUGUGAUGCUGUUGCUGUGGCAAGCUUACUUAAUGCAACUCUUGUCAGCCCAGCUUUUCAUCUGAAUAGUGUUUGGCGUGAUUCUAGAAGGAUAAUUCUUCUUUGUUCCUGCAUAAUUUCUUUCAGCAAAUUUGGUGAUAUAUUUGAUGAAGACCAUUUUAUUGAGACACUCCGAAAACAUGUAAGGGUUGUCAAAGAACUUCCUGAAAAUGUUUCUGCGCAGUUUGACCAUAAUAUCAGCAGUAUACUGAAUAUGAGAACCAAAGCCUUCUCGUCUCAGAGUUACUACCUAGAAAAGGUGCUUCCGAAACUGUUGGAGCUAGGGGCUGUGCGUAUUGCUCCUUUCUCAAAUAGAUUGGCUAAUUCAGUUCCAUCAAAUAUCAAUGCGUUGAGAUGUUUGGCAAACUAUGAGGCAUUGAGAUUUUCUGAACCCAUAAGAAUUCUUGCAGAUAACAUGGUUGACCGAAUGAUCAAGAAGAGUGCUUUGACUGGUGGGAAGUACAUGUCAGUUCAUCUUCGCUUUGAAGAGGAUAUGGUAGCUUUCUCAUGCUGUAUAUAUGACGGUGACUGGAAGGAGAAUAUUGCAAUGGAGAAUGCUCGUGAAAGGGGAUGGAGAGGGAAGUUUCGCCGACCAGGUCGAGUGAUAAAUCCCGAGGCCAACCGGAGGAAUGGGAGAUGUCCUUUAGCUCCUAUAGAGGUUGGAAUGAUGCUGCGUGGCAUGGGGUUUGAUAAUACUACCUCACUCUAUGUUGCCUCCGGUAAAAUAUACAAUGCUGAGAAGUAUAUGACUCCUCUUCGCGAGUUGUUUCCACUUCUACAAACAAAGGAAACAAUCACUUCACCUGAGGAGCUUGCACAGUUCAAGGGGCAUUCAUCCAGACUGGCAGCAUUGGACUACACAGUCUGUCUACGGAGCGAAGCCUUUGUAAUGACUCAAGGAAGCAAUUUCCCUCAUUUCCUGAUGGGACACAGGCGUUAUUUGUAUGGGGGGCAUGCAAAGACAAUAACACCGGAUAAACAGAAAAUGGUGCUACUCUUUGACAACCCGGAUAUCAGAUGGGAUCGGUUCAGGCACCUCAUGCAGGAUAUUCGUCGCCACAGUGAAUCGAAAGGUUUCGGGUUCAGGAAACAUAGUGGAUCGAUAUACAACCUCCCGAUGCCCGACUGCAUGUGUCAGCAAGCUGAAUCAUGAUGAUCUAGAGUACCGAUUUAUGUACUUGUAAGUAGCAGUUACGCAUAGAAAUUCGUUACAUUUUUUUGUCUGUAGGUAAAGAGUAGUAGACUAUAGAGAUGCCAAAUCGUGCGGUUGUCGAUAUGAAAUCCAGCCCAGAGAUGCAGUUAUGCUGUCUGAAAUGAAAGAGAGCCUUUUUUUGUUCA